GUGUUGACCUCCAGCCUGAGUUACGUAAACGCUAUGAUACCGCUAAUAGCGGCGUGCGUUGUUAUUGUUUGCUGUCUGUACGCGUUCAGCACGCGCGGAUAUGACUACUGGCAGAAAAAAGGAGUGCAACAUGAAAAACCACUGCCAUUUAUCGGAAGCACGGGAAGAAUCUUUGCCCAGAAGAUGAGCAUGACCGAAUACUUCACGGAGCUGUACCGAAAAUAUCCAAAGGAGAAACUGGUUGGAUACUACUUUUCGCGUGAAAAAGCUUUAGUGUUAAGAGAUCCGGAGCUCGUGAAAUCUGUUUUGAUCACCGACUUCCAAUAUUUUUAUCCUCGUGGAAUCAAUCACCACAGGGAUGUAGUGGAGCCUAUGUUUAAGAAUCUGUUCUUCGCGGACGGAGAUCUGUGGAAGCUGCUGCGGCAGAGGAUGACGCCCGCCUUCACGUCCGGCAAGCUGAAGGCGAUGUUCCCUCUGAUCGUGGAGAGGACCGAGCGGCUGCAGCGCACCGCCGCCGCCGCCGCGGAGCGCGGCGCGGAGGUGGACGUGCGCGACCUCAUGGCGCGCUACACCACCGACUUCAUCGGCGCCUGCGGCUUCGGCAUCGACGCCAACUCGAUCGACGACGAGGACGCUCCAUUCCGAAAGCUGGGAAAACGUAUAUUCACACCUUCUUUCAGAGAUAUCAUUGUUACUGUUGCAAAAUGGUUGGCACCGGAUUUGUUCAAGCAUUUAAGAACUGUUGCACCAGAAUUAGAACGGGAUACGUUGAGUUUAGUGAGAGGUAUCAUGGAGCAAAGAAACUACCUGCCUUCAGGCAGAAACGAUUUCAUAGAUCUUUUGCUAGAGUUGAAACAGAAAGGCAAAAUUGUUGGUGAAUCGAUAGAGCACAGGAAUUCGGAUGGCACACCGAAGAUAGCAGAGUUAGAGAUGGAUAACUUGCUGAUGGCGGCGCAGGUGUUCGUGUUCUUCGCAGCGGGGUUCGAGACGUCCUCGUCGGCGACCAGCUACACGCUGCACCAGCUCGCCUUGCACCCUGACCAGCAGGCCAAGUGCCAGCAGGAGAUCGACGAAGUACUCACCAGAUACGGCGGGAAACUUUGCUACGAUGCCGUGAGCGAAAUGAAAUAUUUGAAAAUGUGUUUCUAUGAGAGCAUGCGUCUGUUCCCAUCACUGGGUUUCCUGAUCCGAAAAUGCGCAAAGCCCUACACGUUUCCAGGCACUGGCGUGAGCAUAGACGAGGGUAUAGCCGUGAUCGUCCCAGUCCAAGGUCUGCAAACUGAUGAGCAGUACUUCGAGAAACCGGAGGAGUUCCGACCGGAGAGAUUCAAUCCGGGCAACCGUGUACAAAAUCAUGUGUAUCUACCGUUUGGUGAGGGUCCUAGAGCAUGCAUUGGUGAUGAUCUGUGGAAGCUGCUGCGGCAGAGGAUGACGCCCGCCUUCACGUCCGGCAAGCUGAAGGCGAUGUUCCCUCUGAUCGUGGAGAGGACCGAGCGGCUGCAGCGCACCGCCGCCGCCGCCGCGGAGCGCGGCGCGGAGGUAGACGUGCGCGACCUCAUGGCGCGCUACACCACCGACUUCAUCGGCGCCUGCGGCUUCGGCAUGGACACAGACUCCAUCACUAACGAUGAUUCCCCGUUCCGCGAUCUGGGAAAGCGUAUUUUUACUCCAACCCUAAAAGGGGUUGUCUGUUCAUUUCUAAAGUGGACUUUCCCAGAAACAUUUAAACAUUUGCACGUCACAGCCUCUGAUGUCACGAGAGAUACGAUUGAUUUGGUGAGAAGCAUCAUGCAGGAGAGAAAUUACAAGCCUGUUGGGCGAAACGACUUUAUAGAUUUGCUUUUCGAGUUGAAAGCGAAGGGGGUUAUAUAUGGCGAGUCGCUGGAGAAGAGGAAUCCUGACGGGACGCCGCAGACGGUGGAGCUGGAGUUGGACGAGCUGCUGAUGGCGGCGCAGGUGUUCGUGUUCUUCGCGGCGGGGUUCGAGACGUCCUCGUCAGCGACCAGCUACACGCUGCACCAGCUCGCCCUGCACCCUGACCAGCAGGCCAAGUGCCAGCAGGAGAUCGAUGAAGUUCUUGCACGACAUGACGGGAAAUUAUGCUACGAUGCUGUCAAGGAGAUGAAGUAUCUACACAUGUGUUUUAAGGAAGGUAUGCGAAUGUUCCCGUCCCUCGGCUUCCUCAUCCGACAAUGUGUGAGGCCGUACACGUUCCCAGGGACGGACGUGACCGUCGACGGCGGCGUGUACGUGCUGGUCUCCGUGCAGGGCCUGCACAACGACGAGCAGUACUUCAAGGAUCCGGGCCAGUUCCGGCCGGAGCGGUUCGGCGAGGGGGCGCCCUCUAUACCUAACCACGUGUAUCUGCCGUUUGGAGAAGGACCGCGAGCGUGUAUAGGUGAGCGUCUGGGUCUGAUGCAGUCUCUGGCGGGGCUGGCGGCGCUGCUGCGCCGGUGCUCGGUGGCGCCCUCUGCCAACACCCGUGCGCCCCGCGUCGACCCCGCAUCCUUCGUAGUUCAGAACAUACAUGGCGGACUACCGCUGUCAUUGAUACCGAGGAAAACGGCUAAAUGAUUUAAUUGAUAGUGAAAUAAAGUUUGA